GGCUCCGCGGCGUCGGAAGGUCUUCCUGGCCGUAGAGGCACCCGGAAAGUGGAGAGGAGGGUUAGGUGGGCCUCGGCCCUUUCUUCAAAGCGGCCAGGAGCCCCCCCUUCCUCACCGUAGGUAUCUUUCUGCUGGUCGGAUGCUCCCAAGUCUGAACCUGGAGGCUGAAGGAACGCGCGCUACGCGGUUUGCUUUUACUUUAUGCUUUAGGCGUAGUUGCAAACUCUAGUUGCAAAUCUUUAAACAAAGAUCAUAAUUUUGCCCACCUCUGGCUAAAAUGAAGGCAAUUCUUCAUGUAUCUGAUGUACUAGUAAUAUUACACUACAGUAGCUGAUGUAAUUAUCUAAACUUUCCAACAUGCACUGGAUCACUGUUUUAAGAACGGCUUCCUUUCAAACCCAGCACUUGGCUGUACAGUUUCGCAUCCUACGUUUAUUUUCCAGUCAUCUUCCAAGUCAGGUUACUGAAGAUGCAGAAAAACAGCUAUCACACCAGCAGAAUGCUGGUGCCUCAAAAGGAAACUUGAUUCUCAAAGUUCCCAAGGGCACCAGGGAUUUUAGCCCAAAGCAAAUGGCUAUCCGUGAAAAAAUCUUUAGCACCAUAAUUAAUUGUUUCAAGCGUCAUGGAGCCGUGACAAUAGACACUCCUGUGUUUGAGCUAAAGGAACUCUUGCUAGAAAACUACGGUGAAGAGACAAAGUUGAUUUAUGAUCUGGAAGAUCAAGGAGGAGAGAUGCUGUCUCUUCGAUAUGACUUAACUGUGCCAUUUGCUCGUUACUUAGCUAUGAACAAAAUUAAACGGUGUAAACGUUACCACAUUGCAAAAGUCUACAGGCGUGAUAACCCAUCCAUAAAGAGAGGACGCUUCAGGGAGUUUAUCCAGUGUGAUUUUGACAUUGCUGGCCAAUACGAUCCUAUGAUUCCUGAUGCAGAGUGUUUGAAAGUCAUGCAUGAGAUCUUAACUGCCCUGCAAGUUGGAGAUUUCAUUAUCAAAAUCAACGACAGGCGCAUUUUGCAAGGGAUCUUUACAGUAUGUGGUAUUCCAGAAAUCAAAUUUGAAAGGAUUUGCUCAACUCUUGACAAACUGGAUAAGUUAAGUAUCUUCAGUGUCACAUGGGAGGAAGUAAAAAAAGAAAUGAUCAUAGAGGAUGGUAUUUCUCCUAAGUGUGUCGAUCGUAUUAGUGAAUAUGUUCAACUUCAUGGGGGACCAUGUCUCGUUGAGAAGCUUCUCAAGGAUCCAAAACUGGUACAGAACAGAUUGGCUAUGGAAGGACUAGAGGACAUGAAAUUGCUAUUUGAAUACCUUACUCUAUUUGGCAUCACAGAUCAGGUCUCCUUACAUCUGAGUCUGGCUCGUGGUCUGGCUUAUUACACUGGAGUCAUCUAUGAGGCUGUUUUAUUGUGCCAAAAGCAUAGCCACCUAAACGAGUCUCUUAGCUUAAGUAGUGUGGCUGCAGGUGGACGGUAUGAUGAGCUUGUAGCAAAGUUUGAUUCAAAAGGAUAUAAGGUACCUUGUGUUGGACUCAGCAUCGGUGUUGAAAGGAUCUUCUCUAUCAUAGAGCAAAAUAAUGAGAUGACCAAGGAGAAGAUCCGCACGACAGAGACACAAGUAUUGGUGGCAACUCCCCAGAAAAAUUUCCUUGCAUUCAGAAUGAAGUUCAUAUCUGAAUUAUGGAAUGCUGGCAUCAAGGCAGAGAUGUUAUAUAAAAAAAAUCCCAGACUACUGGAACAACUGCAAUAUUGUGAAGAAACGGGAAUCCCACUGGCAAUCAUUGUUGGAGAACAAGAGCUAAAUGAUGGAGUAGUGAAACUUCGGGAUGUUGUGACUAGGAAAGAGGUUAAUAUCCCUCAAGAGAAUUUUAUAGAGGAGAUCAAAAGAAGGUUGGAAAAAUACAAUACUUAAUUUCAUAUAAUUGACAUUUUAUACUGCUCCUAAGUCUGACUUAUAUGCUUACAUACUGCUCUUAUGGAAUACUGCAGGCCUGUUCAAUAUUUCAUUUUUUUGUAAUAAAAUAAUAUUUCACAUUUUAGUCAAACAAACCAAAAUUUAGAGAAUUGGACUUGUGUCAUUGUACUUUUCUUAUCCACUAUUGCUGUGUACAUAGCAUAUGUACUGGCCUUUCAAAAAGAAUUAGCUUUGCUGUUAUUGUCAUUAAUUAUAUUCCCCACUUACAUUGCUAAUCUGAUUUGCAUGUCAAUUCCUGAAUCUGCGGCUAACUACAUGGUUGUAAACCAGUGCGGAUAGAUUUGUAAAUGAUUGAUAAAUGUUUCUAACAUAGCCACACUCGUUGGUUUAGCCAUCUGGCAAAACUCACCAUCUGUAGUAGCCUGUUGAUCAAUGGCUUUGCAGAUGUGCAGAGUUUUGAAAGAGUUCUUCACCCAUAUUGGUUAAGCCAUCUUUCAAAAUCAAGGGUCUCAACCAGUGUGAUGAUAAAAUAGAGUUUCAUUUUUCAAAAGGUACUACUUUUGAAAUAACUGAAUUCUCAUGCUUUUACCCACCAUUUCCCAGAGCUGAUCUGCAAGAUACAGUGUAUAAUGCUCCAGCCAAAUUUUCCAGCUCCACAAACAGAAUGGACCUGGAAGAGAUAGGACAGUG